AUGAUACAAAAUAACAAAAUAUCCGACGAAAUUCUAGCUAUUGAAUUACAAAAUGAUCAGAAUGAAAAUACAAAUUUAAAAGCAGAAAUUGAAAAACAUAGCGAAUUAAAAGGAAUUGCUCUUUUUAUCUAUCCUAAGGCCAAUACACCUGGCUGCACUGAGCAAGCAAAAUUAUUUAAAGAAAAGCAUAACGAAUUUGUCCAAAAUAAAUAUGCAGUUUAUGGUUUAUCUGCAGACAAUGCCGAUAGUCAGUUAAAAUGGAAAAACGAUCUUGAGUUGCCAUUCACCCUUUUAUGUGACACAGAAAAAAAGCUUUUAAAAGAAAUUGAAUGUUUAAAGGAAGAUGACAAAAUUUUAAGAUCACAUGUUGUUAUAUCUAACGAAUCUAUAGUGUCUUAUGUGAAGAAAGGAGUAAAACCAGCUACGUCUUGUGAGAAUGUCUUAAACUUUAUCAUCAAUGGUGAAGAAAAGGAAGAAAAGGAAAAAGAAGAAGAAAAAAGUGGCGAAGAAAAGAGUGGUGAAGAAAAGAGUGGCGAAGAAAAAAGUGGCGAAGAAAAAAGUGGCGAAGAAAAAAGUGGCGAUGAAAAGAGUGGAGAAGAAAAGAGUGGUGAAGAAAAAAGUGGCGAUGAAAAGAGUGGAGAGGAAAAAAGUGGAAGCGAAAAGACAAAUAAUAAAGAUAAGGGAAAAGUAGCAAAGUCUUCUGGAAAUGUACAGAAAAAGAAAAAAGUUGUCAAAAAGAGUAGCAAUAAAAUUAGCAGUAAAAACAUAAAAAAUGGAAAAAGCAAAAAUAAUAAAAUAGUUAAAAAAUCUGCUAAAGUAAAGAAAGAAGUUAAAAAGAAACUAAUCAGCAAAGCACAAAAGAAAAUUGACAAUAAAAAAUCGAAAAAUAAAAAUAUCAAAGGAAAAAAUAUUACUAAAAAAGAUUCUAAGAAAAAAGCUAAUGUUAAGGAUGAAAAAAAUAGCAAAAAUAAAAAUAAAAAAAAUAACUCAAAAAAUAACAAAAAUAAAAAUGUACCACAAAAAAAACAAAUAAAAAUGAGCAAAGGAAAUAAACAUGCUUCCUCAUCAAAAAAUGCAAAGAAAGUUCAAAAUAAAAAAAUAGAUAAAAAAAAUAUUAACAAGAAAAAUAUUAACAAGAAAAAUAUUAGCAAAAAAGAUAUUAGCAAAAAAAAUAUUAACAAAAAAAAUGUUAGCAAAAAUAAUGCUAAGAAUACUAUGAAAAAAAAAUUAAAAAAAAAGUAA